CUAAUUCUUAAAGAAAAACUAAAUAUUUUUAAAAUAUAUGACGUAAUAUAUAACAAACAACCCAGUCAAAGGUCCAAAAGGGAGAAAAAAGGGGCGCGAGGUGUAUAAACGGGGCGAAGCACAUCGGCGAUGGUGUGAGGUUAAAGGGGAAUAUACCGGACGAAUAUUUUUAUUUCCUUUUUUAUUUUUUUAUUGUUAUCAAGUUAUUUGGCUUUUCAGUUGGGGUCCACUACAUCCUCGGAGGUCAAUUCUUCUUGCAUAUAAAUACACAUUAGAAGUCCUACACUCCGUUUCAGAACACAAGCACUGGAAUCUCCUUCGUUUAUCGUUUCGUUUCUCUUAUCAUCUGCAAGAAAAUACAACAGAGACAAUAUAUAAAGAACUUUGUGAUUUGAAUUAGCCAGUCAUGGCUAAGGAAUUACAAGUUCUUAAUGCUCUUGAUGUAGCAAAAACACAAUGGUAUCACUUCACUGCAAUUAUAAUUGCUGGAAUGGGGUUUUUUACGGAUGCAUAUGACUUGUUUUGCAUUUCUCUGGUCACUAAAUUGCUUGGCCGUAUAUAUUACCAUGUGGAUGGUGCGGAAAAGCCUGGGACUUUACCUCCUAAUGUAUCAGCAGCAGUAAAUGGUGUAGCAUUCUGUGGAACUCUUGCAGGCCAGCUAUUUUUUGGCUGGCUUGGCGAUAAAAUGGGGCGGAAGAAGGUCUAUGGUAUGACUCUUAUGCUUAUGGUGAUAUGUUCAGUUGCUUCAGGCCUUUCUUUUGGUCAUAAUGCAAAAGCAAUUAUGUCAACUCUUUGUUUCUUUCGGUUCUGGCUUGGUUUUGGUAUCGGAGGUGAUUAUCCACUUUCUGCUACAAUCAUGUCUGAAUAUGCUAACAAGAAGACUCGGGGCGCUUUUAUUGCUGCUGUAUUUGCUAUGCAAGGUUUUGGAAUUUUAGCAGGAGGGAUUUUUGCUAUAAUUAUAUCAUCUGCAUUUCGCGCUAGGUUUGAUGCUCCAGCUUAUCAGGAUGAUGCAGUUGCCUCAACUGUUCCACAAGCAGAUUACAUUUGGCGUAUAAUUCUAAUGGUUGGAGCACUUCCUGCUGCUCUUACUUACUAUUGGAGAAUGAAAAUGCCUGAAACUGCUCGUUACACUGCCCUUGUAGCCAAGAAUGCAAAACAGGCUGCUUCUGAUAUGUCAAAAGUUUUACAAGUUGAUCUUGAAGCGGAAGAGCAUAAAGUUCAGCAACUUUCUCAGGAUCAAUCCAAUUCUUUUGGUCUUUUCUCGAAAAAGUUUCUUCAUCGGCACGGACUUCACUUACUUGGGACAACAACUACAUGGUUCUUGCUUGACAUUGCAUUUUACAGUCAAAAUCUUUUUCAAAAGGAUAUCUUUAGUGCCAUUGGGUGGAUUCCUCCUGCAAAAACAAUGAAUGCUAUUGAAGAAGUUUAUAGAAUUGCAAGAGCACAAACCCUCAUCGCUCUAUGCAGUACAGUUCCCGGCUACUGGUUUACUGUAGCUCUCAUUGACAAAAUUGGAAGAUUCGCAAUUCAGUUGAUGGGAUUCUUUUUCAUGACAGUUUUUAUGUUUGCAUUAGCUAUUCCUUACGAUCACUGGACACAUAAGGAAAACCGAAUUGGAUUUGUGGUAAUGUACUCAUUAACAUUCUUCUUUGCUAACUUUGGACCUAAUGCAACUACAUUUGUUGUUCCGGCCGAGAUUUUCCCAGCAAGAUUAAGGUCUACUUGCCAUGGAAUAUCAGCAGCAUCAGGAAAACUCGGGGCUAUAGUUGGUGCUUUUGGAUUUUUAUAUUUGGCACAAAAUAAGGACAAGGCUAAGGCAGAUGCAGGGUACCCUGCAGGGAUUGGUGUGAAAAAUUCACUAAUUGUAUUAGGUGUAAUAAAUUUCUUAGGUAUGUUGUUUACUUUCUUGGUUCCAGAAUCAAAGGGAAAAUCCUUGGAGGAGAUGUCUGGAGAGAAUGAAGCUGACAACGAACAGUCAGAAGGAAACUUGGAGCAAAGUACAUAUAAUGGAAGAACAGCUCCUGCUUAGAUUAGUUAAGUUCUAAAGCCUGUUCUCUAAGAUACUAUGCUAUAUAAGUCAUCUUCAUAGUCGUCUUCUUUUUUGUUUUUUUCUUUUUUGCUUUGUAGUAAUUGAAGUAAUUUGCUGCUGAAAGAAAGGGAAUUAUUAUGAGAGCUCAUAUUUUGCAA